CUUUUUUGCUUUUUCCUUAAGGACAAAUUCAGUCUGGUCAGUACUGAAGCCGUUUGCCGUUGCUCCUAAUCAGCGUUACCUUGGAGAAGAAGAGAUGGGCCACACUACAGCAUUUGCCUGCCUGUGUCCAUAAUCCCACCAGUCUCCCCCUCUCCCUCCUCCUACUUCCCCACCUACCCACUCACUCUCCUGCAUACCUAUCCUCCCUCCCCUUUAUUCCCAGCACUCCUAGACACUACCGCUCCUUCAUUUGCACAAACUGCAACAUAAACCGAAAACCUAAUAGAAAGGGCAUCGCACCUUGCAAUUCAAAUAAAAAAUUGCAUGGAAACAGGACCCAUCAUCCUUGCAUUCUUAAGAGCUUCAAAGCAAGUCAGGAUGAGUGACAGCGCACGGUGAUGAUGGCGAAAAAGCAAGAUGCCCGGACGCCCACCCACAACCUGAUCGUGGUGGGUCUGUCCGGGACGGAGAAGGAGAAGGGCCAGUGCGGGGUUGGCAAGUCCUGCCUCUGCAACCGCUUUGUCCGCCCCAGUGCCGAUGACUUCUACCUGGACCACACUUCGGUGCUGAGCACCAGUGACUUUGGGGGCCGAGUGGUCAACAAUGACCACUUCCUCUUUUGGGGGGAAGUGAUGAGGCCAGUAGAGGAGGGAUGGGAGUGUCGGAUGCACGUGGUGGAGCAAACAGAGUUUAUUGAUGACCAAACUUUCCAGCCCCACCGCAGCACAGCCUUGCAACCCUACAUCAAGCGGGCUGCCUCCACCAAACUGGCUUCAGCAGAAAAGCUGAUGUACUUUUGCACAGACCAGCUGGGGCUGGAGCAGGACUUUGAGCAGAAGCAGAUGCCUGAAGGCAAACUUCUGGUGGAUGGCUUCCUCUUGUGUGUGGAUGUAAGCCGUGGAAUGAACCGCAACUUCGACGACCAGCUGAAGUUCGUCAACAACCUCCACAACCAGCUGGCCAAGACCAAGAAGCCUGUGGUCCUGGUGCUGACUAAAUGUGAUGAGGGCGUGGAACGGUACAUCAAGGACUCUCACACCUUCGCCCUCACCAAAAAGAAUCUGCAGGUGGUGGAGACGUCGGCACGCUCAAAUGUGAAUGUGGACCUGGCCUUCCUCACGCUGGUGCAGUUGAUAGACAAGAGCAGGGGCAAACCCAAGAUCAUCCUCUACUUUGAGGCACUCAAACAGCAGAGCCAGCAGAUCGCCACCUCAAAGGACCGCUACGAGUGGCUUGUGAGCCGCAUCGUAAAGAACCACAAUGAAAACUGGCCCAACAUCAGCCGGAGGAUGCAGUCCUCCCCAGAGUACCAGGAAUACGUCUUCUUGGAAGGCACGCAGAAGGCCAAGAAGCUCUUCUUGCAGCACGUGCACAGGCUCAAGCAAGAGCACAUAGAGAAACGGCGCAAGAUGUACCUCGGCACCUUGCCCCAAGCUUUGAACUUCCUGAUACCCGAGCUGGAGGAGAUCGACCGCCUCAGCUGGAGCCGGGUCCAGCACCUACUGGAGACGAAGAGAGACUUUCCGAACUGGUUUGUGGUCUUAGACGAGACCCCAUGGGAGGCCACGUUGCACAUAGACAACAUGGAGGACGAGCGCAUCCCCCUGGACCUUCUGGGCACUGUGGUGGCUGAGCAGGUCUAUGACGCCCACCUGCAGAGGUUGCGCAAUGAACGGAAGCGGGCAGAGAUGCGGCGGCUCUUCAAGGAGAGCUUGGAGACAUCUCCCUUCAUCACGGCUGGGAAACCCUGGGAAGAAGCACGCAGCUUCAUCAUGAAUGAGGAGUUCUAUCAGUGGCUGGAGGAACCAGAGUAUCUGGAUAUCUACAACCGGCACCAGAAGGAAAUCAUCGAGCGGGCAAAGGAGGACUUCCAGGAGUUGCUCCUGGAAUAUUCUGAGCUUUUCUAUGAGCUGGAGGUGGAUGCCAAGCCAAGCAAAGAGAAAAUGGGGGCCAUCCAGGAGGUCCUGGGUGAGGAGCAGAGGUUCAAAGCCCUGCAGAAGCUGCAGGCAGAGCGUGAUGCCUUGGUCCUCAAGCACAUCCACUUUGUCUACCACCCCACCAAGGAGACAUGCCCCAGCAGCUUACACUGUGGGGACAGCAAGAUAGAGCAGCUUCUGGCCUCCCGCUUCCUGGGACGGCCCCACCAUCAGGACAGUGGGAACCACAAGUCAUACACACCGUCGGGAGACAGCAAGGCCGACCGGAUCAACCUGGUCAUCCUGGGCAAGGACGGGCUGGCCCGAGAACUAGCCAAUGAAAUCCGGGCUUUCUGCACCAAUGACGACCGGUACGUGCUGGACGGAAAGAUGUAUGAACUCUCGCUGCGGCCCAUUGAAGGCAACGUUCGCCUACCUGUUAACUCUUUCCAGACAGCCUCUUUCCAGCCUCAUGGCUGCCUCUGCCUCUACAACUCCAAGGAGUCCUUGUCCUACGUCCUGGAGAGCAUAGAAAAGAGUCGGGAAUCCACUCUGGGCAGGAGGGACAACCACAUGGCACAGCUCCCCAUGACUCUCAUCCUGGUCACAAAGCGUGGGGUCGGUUCUGUAGGAGACAUAGGUGGAGAGACUACUCGCAGCCUGAUUUUCCAGGGCCAGCAGGUAGCCAGCAAGCUGCAGUGCGUUUUUUUAGAUCCAGCUUCAACAGGCAUGGGUUACGGACGUAGCGUGAAUGAGAAGCAGAUCAACCAGGUUUUGAAGAGUUUGCUCGACUCUAAACGGAACCUCAACCAUCCAAUUCCCAGCAUUAAAGACUUGCAGCAACAGCUGCAGAACCCUGAAGCAGACCUGCACAUCGUUAUGUGUGUAAUGUGCGGGGAUUCGUACGACGUGGACCAACUCCUGUCCCCUCUCCUGCUUCCCCAGCACUGCAGGCCUUCCCAGUCAUCUGCCAGCAGUGGGAGCUCAGUCCACCUUGAGCUAUCAGUAAGCGGCCAGCGACAGAGCAUUGACCUCUCCAUCCUCUCCUACCACUCCUCCUUCAGCGUGCGCAAGAGCCGGCUGGUGCAUGGUUACAUCGUAGUGUACUCUGCCAAGCGGAAGGCCUCGCUCGCCACACUGUGCGCUUUUCUCUGCGAGAUCCCGGAUAUCAUACCUGUGCAACUCCUAGCCGUCGGUGAGAGCCAGUCUGAGCUGACCGACUGCGAGGCAGUCAGGGACCAGCUGAGCCAAGGCGAAGAACUAGCCCAGGAGAUCGAAGGGAGGUUUGCCAGUGUGGUUUGUGACGGCAGUGGAGGCCUGCUCCUGCAGCAGCAGCACAGAGUAGACCUCUUCCACCCUUUCUUCAAAGAUGUGGUGGAGAAGAAGACGAUAGUGGAAGCCACUCACAUGUACGACAAUGUGGCGGAGGCCUGCAGCACCACCGAGAGCCUCCACUCCCCUAGAGGAGGGUCGCCCAGCCCGGUCACCACCCUGCUGGACUCGGAGGAUGACAUAGAGCCCUCUUCUCCUUAUGCUUCUCUCCGUGAGGACGGUACCUUCUCCUCUCAUGGUGGGGUCAAGCUCCCAUCCACCUGUGAACUGGAAGCCACUGACACCUUAUCCUUCAUCUCGGAGAUCAGGACCUUUGAGAGCAAGCUCAACAAUAAGGUGCCACCGCCAGUCCGGCCCAAGCCGGCGGGCCACUUCGACUUCCGCAAAGUCAACCUCAGCAGCUUCAUGGACCCAAGCAGCCACAGGCGCUCGCUCCCAUCGGCGGUCACAUGGGCCCCUGGGGACGGAGGCUACGACCCUUCAGAUUAUGCAGAGCCCAUGGAUGCAGUGGCCAAGCCUCGGCCCAGCGAAGAGGACACCAUCUACUCCAUUCCUGACGGCAUCACGCAAGGCAAGAUCAUCACGGUCCGCAACACCAACAAGACGCACUCGAACGGUGGGGGCAACGGGUCGGACAGCGAGGUGGACAGCAGCUCGCUGGAGCGUCGGCGCAAGCUCUCCUCCGUUGGCGCCAAGCCUCGGCUGUACCGAGACCGGUCCAAGCUGCUGGGCAAGUUCAGCAGUUUCCGCACCAGCUUCUCCAUCGGCAGCGACGACGAGCUGGGAGGACCGCCCAGGAAGAAGGCAGAGGACGAGAGCGGGCCAAACAAGGGCGACAACUCGGUGAUCGAGAACGAGGGAGAGGACCCCAAGAGGAGGAACAUCCUCAAGAGCCUUCGCAGGACCACCAAGAAAACUAGGCUCAAGCCUCGACACUCGCUUACCAAAGCCCCGAUGGAGAGCAACUAUUUUGGGGUGCCGCUGGUCAACGUGGUAUCGGCAGAGCGGCCCAUUCCUCUCUUCAUCGAGAAGUGCAUCAGAUACAUCGAAGCGACAGGGAUUAGCACUGAAGGAAUUUACCGAGUGAGUGGAAACAAGGCAGAGAUGGAGAGCAUGCAGAGGCAGUUUGAUCUGGAUCACAGUCUGGACUUGGCGGAGAAGGACUUCACUGUGAACACGGUGGCUGGAGCAAUGAAGAGCUUCUUCUCAGAGCUGCCUGAUCCCCUGGUGCCCUACAGCAUGCAGGCGGAGCUUGUGGAGGCUCACAAAAUCAAUGACCGGGAGCAGAAGCUGCACACACUCAAGGACGUUCUGAGGAAGUUCCCCAAGGAGAACCUGGAGCUCUUCAAAUAUGUCAUCAGCCACUUGAACAAGUGAGUAGAGUACAGGAGUUGUGA